GAAUUUUUCGAUUUUUUAUUUCUUGUUUGCCUUUUGUUUUUUUAAACCACUUUUCAUUUGGUGAAAAAAUAAAUAGUGACGGUGACAGUUAAGAUGAAGAUGAAAGUGAAAGGACACGAUGAUUUUGCGACAAGAGCCAAGGAAAAUGUCAAUCAAGUGAAAAAUGCGAUUUGGGAGUUUUUGUGUGGUGUGAAAGCGUUCACAUGGGAGUACGGCGACAACUCAAACAUUCAUGGUCUGCGUUAUCUCACGGAAAAGAAACUCCAUUGGAGUGAAAGAUUGUUCUGGGGUUCAUUUUUGAGUGUUUCGUCUGUUCUCUGUGUGAAAUUCAUCUGCAACGCCUGGGAACAGUGGAACGAGUAUCCAGUGACGUUGAGCUUCAACGAACGUGAACUACCGAUUUCAUACAUCCCAUUUCCAACAGUUACAAUUUGCCACGAGUCAAAAGCAAUAAAACUCGGAGGCGACCUGAUUGAAUCCUAUGAAGCACUUCUCGAAGCCCGGAUGAAUAACACCUUAAAAGGAAGGGAUCUGGUCCUUUUCAACUACUUGUCACAAAUGUGCACAUCAUUCCCUGACAAGUAUAAGUUCGAGGAGAAACGAAAUUUGGAUAAGUAUGUUGAUGAAUCAAUUUACGAUCUCAUUACUGAAAUGGGCAACACAAUGAACGAAACAAUGUUUGAGUGCUGGUGGCAAAGUAAAAUUGUCAAUUGUUCGGAUUAUGUUGUUCCGAUUUUAACGGAGGAAGGUCUUUGCUAUACAUUCAAUGCGCUCAAUUCGGAUCAAAUCUAUACCAAGUACAUGGCACCGGGGAUAAUGAAUGUGAAAAAUAAUCGAAGAAUUGCACACUGGCAUUUUGAAAAUGGUUAUGAUGAUAAUGAAGGCGAUCGAGAAUAUCCGCUCCGAGUGGUCGAUACAGGAAGAGCAGCUUCCUUCGAUAUGUCUCUGUACUUGGAUGAAAAAGAUUUUGAAUAUCGGUGCAAGGGCUAUGAUCAGGGAUAUCGAGUGAUAUUGACGCCACCGGGGGAAGCACUUAAGCUUCAACGGCACACAUAUCGUGUACCCAUAGCUGAAGAUACCACAAUCACCAUCUACCCAAAAAUAACACUCACCGCAAAAGGUUUGCGCAGUUACAAUCCAAAGUUGCGAAAUUGCUUUUUCCUCCGUGAACGAUCGUUGAAAUUCUUCAAGCGGUAUUCGCAAGCCUCCUGUGAAGAGGAGUGUUUGGCUAAUUUCACCAGCUAUUUAUGUGGAUGCGUUCGAUUUGAUCAACCACGUGAUAUACACACGAAAAUUUGCGGCAGUGGCAACAUUGUAUGCAUCAAUGAUGCCGAAACUAAGUUCUCAAUGAGUUUACAUCCAGACACUUAUCGUCAAAAAUGUAAUUGCAAACCAACAUGCACACACUUUGAGUAUCAAGCUGACAUCGAUCGUGUUAAAUUCGAUGUCGUCACCAUGAACGGAUCGCAAAGGAACUUUGAGUGGAGCACCAAAAAUGCUCGCUUGGCCGUCUUUUUCCGUGAAAUGAAUAUUGAGACCGUGAAACGAGUUGAGGUGUACACGUAUUCUGAUUUUUUGGCCGUUAUCGGCGGAUUAAUGGGUCUCUUUUUGGGCAUGUCAGCAUUGUCGGCCAUCGAAUUCACUUAUUAUGGCACCUUGCGAUGGUAUUGGUCAGCAAAAAGAGAAAGAGAACAGAAUAUGUUCGUUGAAGUCGAAGAGCAAAAAGUUGUCAGCACCAUUCCAAUUGACUAUAUGGAACAGCCAUACUAAGGUGACGGAUCACCUGUCUCUUUCAUGGAGGGCAUUCAAUUGAUACUUACAAAACUUUUAUUGGAAAAUUCACUUUAAUUUGAUUCAUUUAAAUGCAUCGGGUGCAUAUUAACUUGAAUUAAAAGUGCUCAAAAAUUGAAAGAAAAAGCAUAAAAAAUGUGUGUCAAUUAAUUUUAUAACCUAGAUGUGGUUUAUGGUAAUUUUUAAUCGAUUUUAUUAUUAUUUGGCACGCAAGCAUUAGAUGU